AUGGCCGACCCUCGUCAGGAAAAGACUGCGCCGCCUCAUUCCGACUCGGAACAGUCUUCCACCAACGGCAAGGCGAACCCUCUCGUCGAAAAGUCGCUCUUCAAACACGCAUUGGCCAAAGCCGACUCCAAGGUCGCUGCGCCGCCCCCGGCCGUCGACUCGCAUGACUCCUACAGCCAUCUCCCCCCUCAUGAGGCAGACGUCUUGAGGCGCCAAAUUGCCGUGCCCGAGCUUAAGCAGGGUGUCGCGGUCCUAUAUCGCUACGCUUCACGCAAUGAUGUCCUCAUCCUCGCUGUUUCAGCAAUCUGCGCCAUUGCCUCCGGGGCUGCUCUACCCCUCAUGACCGUCCUCUUUGCUAACCUUCAACGAACCUUUCAAGAUUUCUUCUUUUCCGGGGGAAAGAUGACGUACGACUCCUUUGUCGAUGAAAUGAGCAAAUUUGUUCUCUACUUCGUUUACCUGGCCAUUGCCGAGUUCGUCGUCACGUACAUUUGCACCGUCGGCUUCAUCUACACUGGUGAGCACCUCAGCGCCAAGAUUCGUGAGCACUAUCUAGAGAGCUGUAUGCGUCAGAACAUCGGCUUCUUCGACAAAGUCGGUGCUGGCGAGGUUACCACCCGCAUCACCGCCGACACCAAUCUCAUCCAGGAAGGCAUCUCGGAAAAGAUAUCCCUUACACUGGCCGCCAUCGCCACCUUUGUUACCGCCUUCGUCAUCGCCUUCAUCAACUACUGGAAGCUCACGCUCAUUCUCUCCGCCACCGUGUUUGCAUUGGUCGCCAAUAUCGGCAUUGCUUCACGCUUCAUCGUCAAGCACAGCAAGAACUCGCUGGAAGCCUACGCCAAAGGUGGCAUUGUCGCAGAGGAGGUUGUCAGCUCCAUCCGCAGCGCAAUCGCCUUCGGCACCCAGGAUCGCCUGGCGAAGCAAUAUUACAAGCACCUUUUGCAAGCCGAGUAUUUUGGUGUCCGUGUCAAGAGCUCCAUGGCUGUCAUGUUCGCCGGCAUGAUGAUGAUUCUCUUCCUCAACUACGGACUCGCGUUUUGGCAGGGCAGCCACUUUCUCGUCGACGGCGUCAUUCCUCUUAACAAAAUAUUGGUCAUCGUCAUGUCCGUCAUGAUUGCCGCUUUCAACAUUGGCAACGUCGCCCCAAACUUGCAGGCUUUCACCACCGCUAUUGCGGCUGCUGCCAAGAUCUUCAACACCAUCGACCGUGUUUCUCCCCUGGAUCCCGGCGAUGACAAAGGCGCCAAGAUUGAGAGCCUCGAGGGCAAUAUUCGCUUGGAAAACAUUAAGCACAUUUAUCCCUCGCGACCAGAGGUAGUCGUCAUGGAUGGCGUCAGCCUGGAGAUACCUGCUGGAAAAACUACUGCCUUGGUAGGUGCCUCUGGCUCCGGCAAGAGCACCAUUGUCGGCCUUGUGGAACGAUUUUACGAUCCGGUUCAGGGUGCCGUCUAUCUUGAUGGCCAGGACAUCAGCACUCUAAACCUGAGGUGGUUCCGACAACAGAUGGCCCUUGUCAGCCAAGAACCAACUCUCUUCGGCACCACCAUCUUCAAGAACAUCAGCCACGGACUCAUCGGAACUCGGCAUGAAAACGAACCGGAGCAUGUGCAGAGGGAGAUGGUCAUACAGGCUGCUGUCAAAGCCAAUGCCCACGAUUUCAUCUCUGCUCUUCCUGAAGGUUACGAGACAAAUGUCGGUGAACGUGGUUUCCUCUUGUCUGGUGGGCAAAAGCAACGUAUUGCCAUUGCUCGUGCCGUCGUGUCUGACCCCAAAAUUCUUCUUCUCGAUGAAGCUACAUCCGCCCUUGACACCAAGUCGGAAGGAGUCGUGCAGGCUGCCUUGGAAGUCGCAGCGGCUGGCCGGACCACCAUCACUAUUGCCCACCGCUUGUCGACCAUCAGAGACGCUUACAAUAUCGUCGUCAUGAGCGCUGGGCGUAUCGUCGAGCAAGGUACACACGAUGACCUUCUGGAGAGAAAGGGGGCGUACUACAACCUCGUCUCGGCCCAGAACAUCGCUGCCGUAGAGGACUUGAUGACGGAAGAAGAAGAAGAUUGCAUUAACCAAGAAGAGGAGGAGCUAAUCCGAAGAAAGUCGGCCAUGCAGGAUGGCCAAUGCGCGGUCGAUGCUGAUGACGACAUUGCUGCCAAGCUAGGUCGUUCGACUACGCGGAAAUCCGCGUCCAGCGUUGCACUUGAGCGGAAAACCCCCGAGAAAGAGAAGAAAUACAGUCUCUGGACUCUGUUGCGUUUGAUCACGUCCUUCAACGCGGAUGAAUGGCACUUGAUGGCCUUUGGCCUCGUUUUCGCCGCCAUCUGUGGUGGUGGCAACCCCACCGCCUCGGUCUUUUUCGCCAAGCAAGUCGUUAUUUUAUCACAGCCCGUCACGCCCAGCAAUCGACACGAAAUCAAGAAGGAUUCCGACUUUUGGAGCGCCAUGUAUCUGAUGCUUGCUAUUGUUCAAUUCCUGGCCUUUGCCGCUCAGGGCAUCGCCUUUGCCGUGUGUUCUGAGCGCCUCGUCCGCCGCGUUCGUGACCGUGCCUUCAGAGCCAUUCUCAGACAAGAUGUUGCCUUCUUCGACAAGGACGAGAACACUGCUGGUGCUCUGACAUCCUUCCUCUCCACCGAGACCACUCAUGUCGCGGGUCUCAGUGGUGCGACUCUGGGAACUUUGCUCAUGAUGUCGACCACUCUGGUUGCCGCUUGCGCCACCAGCCUGGCCAUUGGUUGGAAGCUGUCCCUUGUUUGCAUCUCCACCAUGCCCGUCCUUCUUGGCUGCGGGUUUUUCCGAUUCUGGAUGCUUGCGCACUUUUCACGGCGAUCCAAGGCUGCUUAUGCCUCUUCAGCCACCUUUGCCUCAGAGGCCAUCUCGGCUAUCCGCACCGUUGCCGCUCUGACUCGCGAGCAAGAUGUUUUGCGGCAGUAUCGAGAGUCGCUCGCUGCACAGCAACGUCGCAGUCUGAUUUCGGUUCUCAAGUCUAGCUCGCUGUAUGCCGCCUCUCAGUCAUUGCUCUUUUUGUGCUUCGCCCUAGGCUUCUGGUACGGAGGCACUCUUAUCGGCAAGGGCGAGUAUGACAUAUUCCAGUUCUUCCUGUGCUUCAUGGAGGUCGUCUUUGGGGCCCAAUCCGCGGGGGCCAUCUUCUCGUUUGCGCCCGACAUGGGCAAAGCUCACCAUGCCGCGGCCGAGCUCAAGACACUGUUUGAUCGCCAGCCCACCAUUGACUCGUGGUCCGACGAGGGCGAGCGCUUGCCAGACGUUGACGGCGCUGUCGAGUUCCGCAACGUCCAUUUCCGAUACCCCACUCGACCGGAAGUUCCUGUCGUCCGUGGCCUCAACCUUGCCAUCCGUCCUGGCCAAUACGUCGCCUUGGUCGGUGCCUCGGGUUGCGGCAAGAGCACGACCAUUGCCCUUCUGGAGCGGUUCUACGACCCUCUCUCUGGAGGGGUAUUUGUCGACGGCAAGGAGAUCAGAACGCUCAACAUCAACGACUACCGCUCCCACAUUGCUCUCGUCAGCCAAGAGCCGACACUGUAUCAAGGAACUAUCAAGGAUAACAUUGUUCUCGGGAGCGCGAACGAAGCCGUGACCGACGAGGCCAUUGAGUUUGCUUGCCGUGAAGCCAACAUUUACGACUUCAUCAUCUCCCUGCCAGAAGGUUUCAAUACCAUUGUCGGCAGCAAGGGGACCUUGCUGUCCGGUGGCCAAAAGCAACGUAUUGCCAUUGCCCGAGCUCUUAUUCGCGAUCCCAAAAUCUUACUUCUUGACGAGGCAACGUCGGCGCUCGACUCUGAAUCCGAGCACGUCGUCCAGGCCGCACUUGAUAAGGCGGCCAAGGGUCGCACGACGAUUGCCGUGGCCCAUAGACUAAGCACCAUCCAAAAGGCCGACGUAAUCUAUGUCUUUGAUCAAGGUCGCAUUGUAGAGACGGGAACUCACUCGGAGCUGAUGAAGAGGAACGGACGAUAUGCCGAGCUGGUUAACCUUCAAAGCCUGGCCAAGCAUGGCUAG